UGUUCCAACCAUGUCAGGGAGAUAUAAUGUGCCCUACAGGACCUUGGUGCCCGAGGGCUUCGGAGUCGGCACCGUGAUGAUUGUUCGUGGUGUUGUGCACACCAGGGCUGACAGGUUCUACAUAAACCUGCUGUGCGGUGACGAGCCGGACAGUGAGACGGUCCUGCAUUUCAACCCCCGGCUGGAUGAAUCCUCAGUGGUCUUCAACAGCCUGGAGUGUGGUGCCUGGGGGUCGGAGGAGCGUGGCUUAAGCAUUCCCUUCCAGCGUGGGCAUCCCUUCUACCUGCUCCUCAUCGCCAGCAGAAAAGGCUUCAAGGUUGUGAUCGAGGACUCGGAAUACCACCACUUUCUCUACCGGCUCCCACCAGAGCGCGCGUGCGUUGUGGAGGUGGGCGGGGACGUGCAGCUCGAGUUGGUGGAGAUCUUCUGA